UUGAUCACUUGUUGACCUAGACUACCAGGAACUGAGACGAGAUACGGACCUACGACACUAAAAAAUGAUUGUGAGAUGAUAAUUUACCUCCACUCGACUAUGACCCCUCUCACAAUGACUCCAUAUCUUUGAUAAAGAUAUGUGGUCGUGGAGGGGUUGAAUCAUAAGUUGGAAGGUUCAACAACAGUCAGGAUCUCAAGAUGCUGAUAUCUUACCAUGGAUGUAUUACCUUACUAUGGAAAAACUGUCAGAGACCACAACCUUGAAGAUAUAACACAGAAAGAGUCUAGAUUUGAAGCUUCAUCUCAUCUCCUACCUCUCCGCAACAGCAUUGACAAUGGCUUCCAAGUAUCUUUUCAACAGGGAAACCACUAAUUUUGCUCGACUUAGUCGACUUAUAAUUGAUGUCUGUCGGGAUCUUUUAAUAUCAGUGUUGAAAGCUAAACUGCCACCCCCAGGACUUACCGCUAUUCUGCAAAGUCAAAAAGUUCAGCUUUUACAAAAUCUUGAACCUCGUCAGCGACAGAUUCUUUAUCCUACAGGUGGAGUGUUUUCAGGUACCCUGGAAGACUUGGACUUCCCAAUUCUAUAUAAACUACUUAGAAACUUCCUGGGAAUCAAUAUUCCACCACACCGGUCUGGUUGGGGUAGGACACCAGACCCAGCAGACAGGUCACUUUCGGCUAAUAUUGACCGGUUGAGAGUCCAUCGAAAUGAAGCUUAUGGAAACCUUCCAACUGUAUCACUAUCUGAUUCAGAAUUCAAUAGUAGGUGGAGCCUCAUCCGUCAGAGCGUGUUUGAAAUAGAAAAAGACGCUUUGAUUGGAGACACAUACGUAAAAGCAGUGGAUGCUCUACUGACCAAUGACAUAGAUCCUGAUGCAGAGAAGCGUUAUAUACAAGAAGUACUUAUGAAAACAAAAAAGGCGGAAUCGGAGGUCAAAGGUGCUGACGCAGCAACUGUAAACCAAGACAUUUCUGAAGCGCUACAGGAAAAGAUUGCAAUGUGUCAUUCAGAGAUGGUGAUUGAGUUAGCUGACUCUAUCUAUCCAGCUGCUUGGUGUUGGCCAGCUUUCAAACAAUUGUUAUCUAUAUAUUUAGAUCGGACAGACCUUGCGGAAGAAAACUUUUACUAUUACGUAGAUAAACUUCUAGAUUGUGAGUGGAUUGAUCUCGGCCGAUAUCGCCGAUUGUAUGACGUUGUUUACAUAAUAAAUAAAAAGGCCUCUUGCAUUAUCAAAAAGGCGGAAUCAGAUAUAGAAGCAAUGAAAAAUGGAGGGAGGCCAAAGGAAAUAGCUUUUCAAGUCGAAGGCAAUUGGAAGUGUGAUUUCGAAAAAAUAAAUCCAGAAAGGUGGACGUCUCAUGUCAAAGAGCAGUUCCCAGAUAUGAAAGCGAGAAUAACAGGAAUAGGUGGUUCAGGUGCUGACGCAGCAACUGUAAACCAAGACGUUUCUAAAGCGCUACAGGAAAAGAUUGCAAUGUGUCAUUCAGUGAUGGUGAUUAAGUUAGCUGGCUUUAUCUAUCCAGCUGCUGACUGUUGGCCAGCUUUCAAACAAUUGUUAUCUGUAUAUUUAAAUCGGAGAGACAUUGAGGAAGAAAACCUUUACUAUUACGUUGAUACACUUCUACAUUUAGAGUGCAUUGAUCUCGGCCGAUAUCGCCGAUUGUAUGACGUUGUUCACAAAAUAAAUAAAGUGGCCUCUAGCAUUAUCAUAAGGGCGGAAUCAGAUAUAGAAGCAAUGAAAAAUGGAGCUGGUAUACGAUCAGAUGAAAGUGAGACGUCUGUCAAGACAGUAUAUUCAAGCCCAAACUACAUACCUACCGAUCUGAAACGGAUGC